GCGCCGACGCCCUGGCCGCCGCCCGCGACUACGAGAUCUCUUCGAGGCAGGCCCGGGGAGCGCAGCGCUGCGCCGCGCCAGAUGUGCUGGCCGCCGCGGCAGCGCGGCGUCAGGUGCAUCGCCGGCCGCAUCACCAGCGUGAGAGAUGGCCGUUUCGGCAGGAGCACUUCGGCAACGGUCAGGAGCACUUCGGCCUCCAGGGCCCCCGGCGCCUCGGCGCCCGCUCCGCGCCCAGCGUGUGGGAGCCUGCGGACGGGGUUGCCGACGACGUCGACGCAGACCUGGAGGGCAGC